AUGUCUUCUGGUGAAGCAACCGUCAUCUCCAACACGGAGAAUCCGCUUUGCGGUUCUGAGGAAAAUGCCAUACUGACUGGCUGGAAACAGCUCAUGAAGUACAUGACCCUCGACCAGCGAGGUACCGUCCAGGCUGAGUACAUCUGGAUUGAUGCUGUCGGUGGCUGCCGUAGCAAGACCAAGACUCUCUCCAAGCCUGUCACAUCGGUCGAUGAGCUCCCCGAAUGGAACUUUGACGGUUCGUCAACGGGUCAGGCCCCUGGUGACAACUCCGAUGUCUACCUCCGCCCCGUCGCUAUCUUCCCCGAUCCCUUCCGCCGUGGUGACAACAUCCUCGUCCUCUGUGAGACCUGGGACUCCGAUGGAACCCCCAACAAGUACAACCACCGCCACGAGGCCAACCGUCUGAUGGAAAUCCACGCCAAGGAAGAAUGGUGGUUCGGUCUGGAACAAGAAUACACCCUCCUCGGCACUGAUGGCUGGCCCUACGGAUGGCCCCGCGGUGGUUUCCCCGGUGCCCAGGGUCCUUACUACUGUGGUGUUGGUACCGGCAAGGUCUACUGCCGUGACAUCGUCGAGGCUCACUACCGUGCCUGCUUGUACGCCGGUAUCAAGAUCUCCGGUAUCAACGCUGAGGUCAUGCCUUCCCAGUGGGAGUACCAGGUCGGCCCUUGCGACGGCAUUGAGAUGGGUGACCACCUUUGGAUGUCCCGUUUCCUCCUCCACCGUGUCGCUGAAGAGUUCGGUGUCAAGAUCUCUUUCGACCCCAAGCCCAUCAAGGGUGACUGGAACGGUGCCGGUCUCCACACCAACGUCUCCUCCGCUUCGAUGCGUGCUGAGGGCGGUAUGAAGGUCAUUGAGGCCGCCAUGAAGAAGCUUGAGGCCCGCCAUGUUGAGCACAUUGCUGUCUAUGGUGAGGGUAACGAGGAGCGUCUCACUGGCCGUCACGAGACCGGCAACAUCGACAAGUUCAGCUAUGGUGUUGCCGACCGUGGUGGCUCCAUCCGUAUUCCCCGCCAGGUCGCCAAGGACGGCAAGGGUUACUUCGAGGACCGUCGUCCCGCUAGUAACGCCUGCCCCUACCAGAUCACCGGUAUUAUUGUUGAGACUCUCAUGGGUGGCAACUAA